AUGUCGAAGCGCGACGUCGUCCUCACCAAUGUCACCGUUGUCCAGCUGCUGCGACAGCCAUGCCCGGUAACCAGAGCACCGCCCCUACCUGAACCCAAAGACAAGGCAGAGCCAGAGCCCCAGCCUGAGCCCAAGCCCACAAUGGAGCCAGUCACUGAGCAUGUACAAGCUGAGCCCCCGCCACCACCACCAGCAGCUGUGAAGCCUUCUGUGACCCGGGAGUUGACUGUUGGCAUCAAUGGAUUUGGACGUAUUGGUCGUCUGGUGCUCAAGGAGCCCAAAGAAAUCCCCUGGAAGGCCGUUGGGAGCCCCUUUGUGGUGGAGUCCACAGGCGUGUACCUCUCCUUAGAGGCGGCUUCAGCCCACAUCACGGCAGGUGCCCGGCGUGUGGUCAUCAGCGCACCCUCACCAGAUGCGCCCAUGUUCGUCAUGGGUGUGAACGAGAAGGCGUAUGACCCUGGCACCAUGAAAAUCGUCAGCAAUGCAUCCUGCACCACCAACUGCCUGGCCCCCCUGGCCAAGGUCGUCCACGAGCAGUUUGGGAUCGUGGAAGGACUGAUGACCACGGUCCACUCCUACACAGCGACCCAGAAGACCGUGGACGGGCCGUCAAAGAAGGCCUGGCGGGAUGGGCGGGGCGCCCACCAGAACAUCAUCCCUGCCUCCACGGGGGCUGCCAAGGCCGUAGGCAAAGUCAUCCCAGAGCUCAAAGGGAAGCUGACGGGAAUGGCGUUCCGAGUGCCCACCCCGGACGUGUCCGUCGUGGACCUGACCUGCCGCCUGGCCCGGCCUGCCACAUACUCGGACAUCAAGAAUGCCAUAAAAGUGGCUGCCAAGGGCCCCAUGGCUGGCAUCCUUGCCUACACCGAGGAUGAGGUGGUCUCCUCGGACUUCACCACCGACCCCCAUUCCUCCAUCUUUGAUGCCAAGGCGGGCAUAGCUCUCAACGACAACUUCGUGAAGCUCAUUUCCUGGUAUGACAACGAGUACGGCUACAGUCACCGGGUGGUCGACCUGCUGCGCUACAUGUUCAGCCGAGAGAAGUGAAGGGCGAGGCCGCCCCCAGCCCGCCUCGCUCCGUAGGCUAGAACCUUUAACUCCCAGCCCGCACUCGGCUCCCCCGAGGAAGAAGGGCACCAUACGUGAGGGCCCUGCGCCGCUUUGCCCGCUGAUGAAAUUAAAAAAAAAAAAAAAGCAGAAGGCUUACAACUGUGUCCUGUGUCUCUCCGCCCGGCCUUGGCGGGUUCAGACCCGGGUUCAAGGACCCCCUCCUUCCCCCGCCUUAACUCGAUCGACCUGCAUCCUUGGCUAAGGGGUCGUAGCCUCGACUCCGAACCACGCAGGUUCCAUUCCAGGGAAACGAGAACGUCCGCACUGGUGUUUACGGCCCAGCGUGGCCGUGAGCCGGUCCCCAAAAGC